CAAAAACUGCAGUAAAUUCGACAAGAAAAGCUAUUUUAAUUUAGAUCCAAAUACCGGAAGUUUGGAGCUGAAAAUAUUUUUAAGGGGCAUUAAAUGGACGGGGCCCUUAAUGCAAAACGUAUUUCUGUUCAGUGUGUUCCGUGUGUUCCUAAAUGCGUAUUGAAUUCAGACUGUUGGCGUGUUUGCAAUUCAUACACGAGAAAAAUUAGGUGGCAGAAGGUUGCACAUGUUUGGAGUGAGCCUCCUCAGUGGCUCAGCGUGGCUCUGCCUCCUCUCUGCCUCCCUCUGGAGCUGCGGACGCGCCUUCACUCUUCACUUUCUCCUGCUGUCUUCUGCCGCUGCUGCCUCUGACCCUGGAUACAACACAGACUUGUCAUUUUAAAAAACAAUGGAAGCCAUUUUUUGCUCCGUUUUGCUCUCAUGCUCCUUCCUACUCUUAAUUGUUUUGCCAGGAGGCUGCUGUUCAGAGGCAGAGCACAAGCUCUUCUCUGUGAUAUUCUCCAACUAUAACCAGUACAUACGGCCAGUGGAAAAUGUGACUGACCCAGUUGUUGUACAGUUCGAGGUGUCCCUGUCUCAGCUGGUCAAAGUGGAUGAAAUCAAUCAGAUCAUGGAGACAAAUCUGUGGCUGAGACAUAUCUGGAAUGACUACAAACUGAGAUGGCAACCAAAGGAUUUUGGAGGAGUGGAGUUUAUUCGAGUGCCGUCCAGCAGAAUAUGGAAACCAGACAUUGUCCUCUACAACAAUGCAGUUGGAGAUUUCCAGGUUGAUGACAAAACAAAAGCCCUGCUUCGCUUCAAUGGUGAUGUUACCUGGAUCCCACCAGCCAUAUUCAAGAGCUCCUGCAAGAUUGACGUGACCUACUUCCCCUUCGACUACCAAAACUGCACCAUGAAGUUCGGCUCCUGGACGUACGACAAGGCAAAGAUCGAUCUUGUGCUAAUCGGCUCAACCAUCAACCUUAAGGACUUCUGGGAGACGGGCGAGUGGACAAUCAUCAACGCCCCUGGUUACAAACAUGACAUUAAGUACAACUGCUGCGAGGAAAUCUACACGGAUAUCACUUACUCUCUGUACAUCCGCCGUCUGCCACUCUUCUACACAGUCAACAUGAUCAUCCCCUGCCUCCUCAUCUCCUUCCUCACCGUGCUUGUCUUUUACCUGCCGUCUGAUUGCGGGGAGAAAAUCACUCUGUGCAUCUCCGUCCUGCUGUCUUUAACCGUCUUCCUCCUCGUCAUCACAGAGACCAUCCCUUCCACCUCGUUGGUCAUCCCCCUGAUUGGAGAGUACCUCCUCUUCACCAUGAUCUUUGUCACCCUCUCUAUUGUCAUCACUGUUUUUGUGUUGAACGUCCAUUACCGCACACCAAAGACACACACUAUGCCCUGCUGGGUGCGGACAGUGUUCCUGGGAAUGCUGCCCAGAGUGAUGUUCAUGAGAAGGCCAGAAAGGGACCCUGAAAGGGUGGAGGCGAGCCGCAACGCUCGGGCGCCUCAUUCAAGGCCCUGUGCCAUUCAUUCGUCAGGUACUUUGCUGAGGCAGCACAAACCUCAGGCCCUGGCCUCCAGCAUGGUGUCCAGCCUAUCAAACCGCCAACGGCUUUUCAACAACACUGAGCUUUCCAACCUCAAUAACUUAAGUGGCACCCUGGGCAAAGGUGCAGGCUCCGCAUUCUUGGGCUGUGAGGGCCAUUGCAACUGUUGCUGGCACCGGAGAUCCAGCAAGCUGCCUGCAGACUCAGGGGGAGGGACCGGGGGACUUGGCAGUCUUGGGGCACUGACUGGAGGCAGUGCUGUCGGGGGAGGAAGUCAGUCCUCCAGCUCUGACUCUCUGGAUGGAGGAUUAAUGUCCCUUUUGCCACUCUCCCCCGAGGUCAGGGAGGCCCUUGAGAGUGUCAAAUACAUAGCAGAGAACAUGAGACUGCAGAAUGAAGCACAGGAGGUGCAGGAUGACUGGAAGUACGUCGCCAUGGUUAUUGACCGGAUAUUCCUCUGGGUUUUUGUCCUUGUGUGCAUCAUGGGAACAGCCGGCCUCUUCCUCCAGCCCCUAUUACUUUGGGAUGAUAUUUAGAUCACUUUGAUGAAACAAACACUCCACUGCUGAAGUAUUCAUUACGUUUAAUAUUCUCACCAUGGCUUCGACCAUAUGGAGUGGAUCCAAGGUCAAUAUGAAGAGAUGAUUGUGAUUUUGUUUGAAGAAGUGGUUUGAAGGACACUUAAAUGUUGAGGACAGGGUUUUUAAAAAAAAGGGGCAAAGAUGACGGUGGUUAGUCGUUCUGAUGUUUACAACUAGCUUUGAAGUAAAUGGCUAUGUAAUCUAUAAUACCAAGGCCACACUCCUGCAGAAUCAAUGAUUUUGAAAGGUAAAUAACUGUAACAGUGGUUAAAAUUACUGAAAUGAAUGCACCCAAUUUCACAUUAAGCAAUUAUGUACAUACAUGCUAUCAAAAUCCUAAAAGAAAGCUCAAUGUUUAGGUUGUUUUACAAAAAAGAAAAAUCUUAGUUUGAAAUGUUACAUCCACCUUGAGUGCCAUACCAAAUAUUCAAUAUACAGUGUGUGUCCAUGGAGAUAAAAAAAAUACAUCUGGAUUUCGAUGUUCCUGAGAACCAAGCAAGGAUGUGAAAACAGUGCCAUCACGUGGUAACUCUUUGUUACUACAAAGGAUACUUUCUGAAUGUUUUAAAGAGAUGUCAUCCAUUCCACCCUUUUCCAGUUGCUUUAUUUAUGCUAGUACUUUAUGCAUUUGAGACAUGACAUGCUGUGAUGCUUUGAUCUGGAUAGCAUGACCUCCUGGAAAGGGUGACAUUAAAAAUAUCUCUGACAAUUCUUAAAAUGAACAUACACACUGUUAGUUCUGCAUA